GGCAAAUAAAGCUGGUUUAGUUGAAUAACGAUGGCACGAAUGAACAACAUCCCUGGUCAAAAACGGGCGUAUUCGUUGCUUGGUAACCGAGACGCACAGACAACUGCUCUUCGCAGAGAUGGCUGAGAAAGUUGAGAAGGUUCAUCGCACCAAACGUGUUUUUAUCAACAACCUCGACUCGUAUGCAUCAAAAUGUAUCGGCAAGUUCCUGUCUACCUGUGUAGUGGGAGCAUCCGUGCUGGGGAGUGGCGUGCAGGAUGUGGAGGAAGACGAUGAGAGGCUGUCCCAAGAUCAAAAAAUCAAAGCGGGAACCUUUCAUAUUGUUGGAACUUGUGCUAACAAAAACAGCUGCGACGAAGGAAGACCAACUUAUGUGUUGGAGGAAUAUUUUCAACUGAAAAGGGAAGAUCUCCUGGAAUGCCUGAUGGAGUGUGAUAUAAUUAUAUAUAACAUCACAGAGCAUGCUGACCAGAUUGAAGAGGCCUCUUGGGCAAUCUCAGCCAUUCAUGUGCAGAAGGCCAGGUUUAGUCAGCCAAAGAUGUACAUCCUCAUAUCAACCGUCAUGACCUGGGCACUCAGCAAGCCUGUUGAUCCGAAUGACUCUGAGAUUCCAUUCACUGAGGAAGAUUACAGGAGGAGACGAGCCCAUCCCAACUUCAAAGAGCGCAUCAACAUUGAAAAAGUUGUGGUGAAAAUGGGCAAAACGAACAGUUCAUUGUUCUCCACGUAUGUCGUGGCCUCGGGAGUUCAGUAUGGAAUGGGAGAGCAAUUAUUCCACUUUUUCUUCAAGACGUCUUGGUUGGGAGAUGUGCCCAAAGUCCCCAUCUUUGGAGAAGGCACCAAUAUCAUUCCUACUAUUCACAUCAAUGACCUUGCACGUGUAAUACAAAAUGUCAUUGACCACAAGCCCAAACAGCACUACUUACUUGCUGUGGAUGAUUCUAAGAACACCAUAGAGGAGAUUUUAAAGACAAUAACCUAUGUUUUGGGACCAGGAAAGACCCAGAGAGUGCCAAAAGAGGAUGCUUUUCUCAUUCGGGACUUGAGCCAAAUGGACAUUGACACUCUGUUUGUCAACCUUCGGAUUGAGGCUGUCUACCUGAAAGAAAACUUCCACGUCCAGUGGGCGUGUGAGUCAGGUCUCGUAGACAACAUUGACCGAGUUGUGGAGGAAUAUAAGCAAACCAGGGGCCUGCUGCAUGACCAGAUGGACAGCACAGUGGCUAAGUUGGUGUAG